AUGGCCGAUUUACAACGACAACAAACCCAAUCACCUCCCACUAUCCUCCAACCUCAUCAAGAAGACCAUCCUCAUCCUCUCUCCCUACGGCCUGGCGGAUCGAGAUCUAGCUCUCCUCAGCCGCAACAGCCUCUUCUCUCCAGCUACGAGCAGCUCGAGGCCGAUCCCGCCAUGUCGUCUUAUCAGCGCAUCUCAUCGGGCGCCGGACCGGGCAACUUUGGAGCUCCUGGUCCUCAAUCACCGCCUCUGCCAUCGUCAUCGUCGGCCACCUACGCCAGCGCACGAUUCCCCAGCCAGUACUUCCCACCCCAGUCGCCGACCAACGAGCAGGCCACGUCUUCUGCGAACCCUUUCGCCGAUGGGCCAGCAGGUUCGCGCUCUCGAAGCAGCACCAUCGGCCAGAACUACCCAAUCGCCGUCGCGCCGCCCAUGCCAACGUCACCACCCCAGCAAUCCAUCCAACCGCUCUUUGCCCAGCACAGCGGCCAUGCCGGGUCGUCGUCCCGCCCAGUCUCCCGCUCCGCCCCUGGGGGUGGCCCCGGCUCAAUGGGCGGAUCCAUGCCAUCAAUGCCCACUGGUAGCGGAGGGAGUGGUCCCAGCACACGCCCCACCAGUGCAAAGUCGCCCUUCUCGCCACCCAUCACCUCCCCGCCACGCAACCGUCCGCAUCAGAUCCUCCUAAUCAACCCAAACUCCACGCGCUCCAUGACCGAGGCUAUGCUCCAGUCCUUGCGACCCGUCAUUCCCCAGGGAGUGGAGGUGACAGGCUACACCGCCCCUUACCCGGCACCCACGGCCAUCGAGUCCACAACAGAUGCCAUCAUGUCCACGGAAGCGGUGCUACGAGACCUGGCCAAACACGCUGCCUCGAACGGCGAGACCGUCCAGAACUACGACGGCAUGAUUGUGGCCUGCUUCAGCAAGCACCCGCUUAUCGACGCUCUACGGGAGUCUUAUGACGUGCCCAUCAUCGGCAUCAUGGAGGCGGGUGUCUACGUGGCACGCAUGCUGGGUGGACGGUUCGGCAUCGUCGCCACGGCGCAACGCUCCAGGAUCAAGCAGGACGACGACAUCGCCGCUUACGGCCUCUCGCAUUUCUACGUCGGGAGCGAGGCCACCCACCUUGGUGUGCUCGAGCUUGACUCCCGCCCGAAGGAUGAGGUCGCCAAACGCGUUGCACACUGUGCCCGCGCGUUGGUCAUCAAGGGCGCCGACACCAUCCUGUUGGGCUGCGCAGGCAUGACGGAUAUGGUGCGCGCGGCCAAGGACGCGGUCAGGGAUGAGGACGGACGACGCACCGUGAAUGUCAUUGACAGUGUCGAGGCCGGCGUCAUGAUGAUGAAUAGUCUGAUUGGCAUGGGGAUCCCGACCAGUAAGAAAGGCAUGUAUAAAGGGGAGAAGGAAGGCAGGAGAACGCGAGGCCAGAAUUGGUUGUGA